AUGUCCGACGACGAGGACGAGGUCGCAGCGCAGGGCGGCAAGCGGCAGCGCGGGCGCGACGGCGCCGCUGUCGAGGCGCCGCCGCAGUUUGAGCCGCUGAGCGCGCAGGAGGCUGCGGGCGGCAAGUCGGAGUUUCGGCGCGUCUCGGUGCCGCCGCACCGGUACACGCCGCUGAAGAAGGACUGGAUGCAGCUCUACACGCCCAUCGUCGAGCAGCUCAAGCUCGACGUGCGCAUGAACCCGCGCAAGCGCUGCGUCGAGCUCAAGACGUCGCAGCACACGGCCGACAUCGACGUGCUGCAGAAGGCGGCCGACUUUCUGCGCGCGUACAUGCUCGGCUUCGCGGCGGCGGACGCGGUCGCCAUCCUGCGCGUCGAGGACCUGUACGUCGAGUCGUUUUCGGUGACCGACGUCAAG